AGCCACCACUUGGGAACUUGGAGUCUCAUCUCUUGCUUCCUGGUUCGCAGGUGACUUGCUUUGCGUCUUGGGGCCAGCUACUUCUCCUAUGUGGGCUCUGUUUAUCCUUUAAAAAAAAGGGAUGCAACGGUCACUAUAUGGGGGAGGCGUUGGAAUCUAGAAUCCUGGUUCUGCCACUUGUUCUCUGUUGCUUAGGAACCAGGGGACGUCGGGAAGCAAGCGUGCGUUCAGCGCGCUCCCGGUGCACGCCUGCUCCCUUGGGGGCGCGGGAGCCUGGGGGCUGCCAUGGCCCCCAGCCACCUGUCGGUGCGGGAGAUGAGGGAAGAUGAGAAACCCUUAGUGCUGGAGAUGCUGAAGGCUGGCGUGAAGGACACAGAGAAUCGCGUGGCCCUCCACGCCCUGACGCGGCCACCGGCCCUGCUCCUCCUGGCGGCAGCCAGCAGCGGCCUGCGCUUCGUCCUGGCCUCUUUCGCCCUGGCCCUCCUCCUGCCCGUGUUCCUGGCCGUGGCGGCCAUGAAGCUGGGCCUGCGGGCCCGGUGGGGCUCGCUGCCCCCGCCGGGCGGGUUGGGGGGGCCCUGGGUGGCAGUGCGGGGCUCAGGGGACGUGUGCGGGGUCCUGGCCCUGGCCCCAGGCUCCAGCGCUGGAGACGGGGCCCGGGUCACCCGCCUCUCUGUGUCUCGCUGGCACCGCCGCCGAGGCGUGGGCAGGCGGCUGCUGGCCUUUGCCGAAUCCCGGGCUCGAGCCUGGGCGGGCGGCAUGGGGGAGCCCCGGGCCCGGCUAGUGGUCCCGGUGGCCGUGGCAGCGUGGGGCGUGGCUGGGAUGCUGGAGGGCUGUGGCUACCAGGCCGAGGGGAGCUGGGGCUGCAUGGGCUACACGCUGGUGAGGGAGUUCAGCAAGGAACUAUGACGCCAG